AGAGGGGUUUCAGUCUCAGCCCAAAGCUUCUAACAGGCACAUCCCAUUCUUGAAGAGAGGGGGACCGAAAGACACUCGCCGUGUCCAUGUUUUUUCCUGUCAUCCCCGCUCGAAUCUGACUGUACCCCUCAGACUUUACCAGAAACGCUUCUCCAUAUCGAGGAAUUUACACUGCAGUUUCAUCAGAGGACACUGGAGGAGACGCAACCACUAAUGCUUGCGUUCCCUUAAAUAUGUAGCAAACAAAUAUUAACUGAACGACUGAUUACGCUAACGUUCCUGCGUAAAAGAUUGUUUCUUUUUUUUGAGAGAGAGACCAGUGCAGGACAUGAUCUGCACCUGACCAGCCUCGUGUCUUCACUGAAUGGACUGAUCAGCACCAGAUAAAGUUCGUCGCGCGCUGAAGAACUUCUGAACACUGACAUCGGAAGCAUUGCGCUUUGAACGGAUAGCGAUCUUUAUUAAUUCCAAUUAAAGCUACAUAAUCAAGGCGAGACGGCGACCUCAGUCGAUUAUCUUUCCUUCCUUUGCUAUCCCAUGGAUAUUCACUGCAAAGCAGACCCCUUCUCGGCGAUGCACCUUGUAUCCCAUAUAGGGCACGGCGGUGUGAACCAGCUAGGAGGGGUGUUUGUGAAUGGCAGACCCCUACCUGACGUGGUCAGGCAAAGAAUCGUGGAGCUCGCGCACCAAGGAGUCAGACCUUGUGACAUCUCAAGACAACUACGGGUCAGCCAUGGCUGUGUCAGCAAAAUUCUCGGAAGCUAUCAAAAGGAUCUUAUAAGAUACUAUGAAACCGGCAGUAUUAAACCUGGAGUUAUUGGGGGGUCCAAACCAAAAGUGGCGACGCCCAAAGUUGUGGAUAAAAUCGCAGAAUACAAGCGGCAGAAUCCCACAAUGUUCGCCUGGGAGAUCAGAGACCGACUCCUGGCCGAGGGCGUUUGUGACAAUGACACAGUACCAAGUGUUUCAUCUAUAAACAGGAUAAUUCGAACCAAAGUUCAGCAGCCUUUCCAUCCAUCCUCCGACGGCACAGGAACGCCUCUCACCACAGCGGGACACACUAUAGGUGAUCUUGAGAGCACUCCAUAUACGUUAACCUAUUCCUGUGCUCUUUCAGUGCCCAGCACAGCCUCCCCACCUGUGUCAAGCGCUUCCAAUGACCCCGUGGGGUCCUACUCUAUUAAUGGCAUCCUAGGAAUCCCUCGCUCCAACGGCGAAAAGAGAAAACGCGAUGAUGUUCUCUGGAGUGGCAACCACUUGGAUGGGAGGAAAAUAGGAUAUUAUGGUUCAGAUGGCUCUGGCCCAAACAGUGAUUCUCAGGGUAGUGUGGAGAGUUUACGGAAGCACCUGAGGGCUGAUGCCUUCACUCAACAGCAGCUGGAGGCUCUGGAUCGGGUGUUUGAGCGGCCGUCAUACCCCGACGUCUUCCCUACGUCAGAACACAUCAAGCCAGAGCAGGCUAAUGAAUACUCGCUACCAGCACUGAACCCUGGACUGGACGAAGUCAAGCCCAGUCUGUCAACCAGCGUCAGCUCAGAUUUGGGCUCCAGCGUCUCACAGAGCUACCCAGUAGUGACAGGUCGAGACAUGGCGAGCACAACCCUACCAGGAUACCCACCUCACGUUCCCCCCACCGGGCAGGGCAGCUACCCCACCUCUACACUUGCUGGAAUGGUCCCUGGAAGCGACUUUUCAGGAAAUCCCUACUCUCACCCACAGUACACAACUUACAAUGAAGCUUGGCGGUUCAGCAACCCCGCGUUAUUAAGUUCCCCUUAUUAUUAUAGUGCCGCAUCCCGGGGCUCCGCCCCUCCCACUGCUGCCACUGCCUAUGACCGCCACUAGUUACCAUGGCAACCCAAUCAAACUGCAGGACCAUGGCCACGGCCUCCAUAUCGUACCAGUCUGAAUGGCGUUAAGGUCAGAGGGAUUGAAGAUGGCUACGCGAUCUUCAGUUUCAUGGGGCCGAGAUCGGAUUAGGAGGGUCAAGCAACAGCGGGUUUCCCCCCAGACAUCGACUAUACCCCCCUCACGCAACAUCAACACUAAGGCUCUCAUUCUCUAAAUCACUGAACAAUGACUGAACUAUUUCCUGAAAGACUUUGAAAGAUUCUACAAAAAUAUAUAUAUUAUACAAGAUAUAAAACAAGACGAACCGUGUGAAGAAAUACCAAGUAACAAUUGAUGUGUUGUUGUUUUUUUGUUUUCAUUCUCUCUUUAAAUCAAUCAAUACAUUCCUUUACAUACUGUAUUUAGUAUCACUAACAGAUCACACACACACACUCACACACACACACACACACACAAGGUUGCCUGAGGCCUUUAACGUAAUUUGCCCUCGUCCUACACCAUUUCACUAGUGUCUUACCUCUCACGGACAGAACAGCGACGUGUCAGCUGAGCAGAAAACUGCAGUAUUGCUCCAUUUUCUGUCAAACAGACAAGUGUAACAGUUUUAGAAGCCAUCUCUGACUCGUGGUAUGAAAUUACCAACAUGGUUUAACAUUUUCUGUGAUACACAAUCAAAAUGGGGGAAAAGAAAAUAGAAAAAAAAAAGAAAAACAGCUCAGACACUGAAGAAGACGUUAACUGUUGCUGUAUAUGACCUGAAAAGAAAA